AGAGAGCAAUAGGGAGGGGAGUUUAAACUAAGUGCUAUGUUUUGGGACAGCUAAUCUGCUAGCGAGCAGUUUGAGGAUCGGAGCGUAUUGUGUGAGCCAGUGUGCGGGGGAUAGAUAAGGCAGCACGCCAGCCCGCCAAGCCGACCUACCGACUUCCCCUUUUAAUGUGCUGACUCCUGGGAGAUUUAAAAGAAAAAAAAAAGAAGAAGAAAGAAAAAUAUUUACUCAAGACGCGUGUGGGGAACCUGGACAGGAACGGCAUUAUUUCAGCGACAGCCAACAAGGCGCAUCUGAAAGACAGGAGAGAGCUAAAAAUAAAAAAAAAGAUCAGAAAAAGAGAGAGCGAAAGAGAGAAAAUAAAGGACUUAAAGAAGUGACACCUCCAGAUUUUUUUUCCUGCUUGGUUUUUUUAUUGCUUGAUUUUUCUUUAUUUUUUUUCUGAUUCUGGGACUGACUCCCAAUCUUAGCAAAGAAAAAGGGGAGGAAAAAACUGAGGAGAAGCUGAUACACAGAGGACAGAAAAAUAAUAUACCGAAUUUGAACAUGUUCGAAAUAAGCCGAACACUCAACGCUGCCUUGCUGAGCAAUGAGCAUCUCAAGAUGAUGGCGAGGUACGGGCAACUCUCGGGACUAGCAGCCAGUGGCAUGGGCUCCGUCCCCGAGUCGCACUCGCCGCUAUUUCCCAGGGAUCUCCCGUCAUCGCCCGCCCAGACGGGCUACAGGUCAUCCCUGGGGUCGACAGAGACACAGUGGCGGCAGGCAGAGCUCCCGCAGCUCCAGGGCUGGGCAGAGAAGGGAUUGCUGACACAGCCAAAGAUGAUCAUCAGUAACAUGGAGGCUCCGGUGACAAAUGGUCCAAGCGGAGGUGGCACCACAGCCAACGGGCCGACUACUAAUAGUCGCGGCUGCCCUUCGCCCAUGCAGACCGGGCCUACAAACGACGACAGCAAGACCAACCUCAUCGUCAACUACCUACCACAGAACAUGACCCAGGAAGAGUUCCGCAGCCUCUUUGGUAGCAUUGGAGAGAUUGAAUCCUGCAAACUGGUUCGCGACAAGAUCACAGGUCAAAGUCUCGGCUAUGGCUUUGUCAACUACAUUGAUCCAAAGGACGCAGAGAAAGCCAUCAACACGUUAAAUGGACUCCGACUUCAGACCAAAACGAUCAAGGUCUCGUACGCCCGACCCAGCUCAGCUUCGAUUCGUGACGCCAACCUCUAUGUGAGUGGCCUGCCCAAGACAAUGACCCAGAAGGAGCUGGAGCAACUCUUCUCGCAGUAUGGACGCAUCAUCACCUCCCGCAUCCUUGUCGACCAGGUCACAGGCCCCACAGGCGGCUCCCGGGGUGUGGGCUUUAUCCGCUUUGAUAAGAGGAUAGAGGCUGAGGAGGCCAUCAAAGGCCUCAAUGGACAGAAGCCAUCGGGUGCGGCCGAGCCCAUUACGGUCAAGUUCGCCAACAACCCCAGUCAGAAGACCAGCCAGGCCCUACUCUCGCAACUCUACCAGUCCCCCAACCGCCGAUACCCCGGGCCCCUUCACCACCAGGCUCAGAGGUUCAGGCUGGACAAUUUGCUUAAUAUGGCCUAUGGCGUAAAGAGGUUCUCUCCCAUCACCAUCGACAGCAUGACCAGCCUGGUGGGAAUGAACAUCCCCGGGCACACCGGCACCGGGUGGUGCAUCUUCGUCUACAACCUGUCCCCAGAUUCGGACGAGAGCGUGCUGUGGCAGCUCUUUGGGCCGUUCGGCGCCGUCAACAACGUCAAGGUGAUCCGAGACUUCAACACCAACAAGUGCAAAGGUUUCGGCUUCGUCACCAUGACAAAUUACGACGAGGCGGCCAUGGCCAUCGCCAGUCUCAACGGUUACAGGUUGGGUGACCGCGUCUUGCAAGUCUCCUUCAAGACUAACAAGACCCACAAGUCCUGAACUCGAACAAGGUAGAAGCAGUCGCUCGGCAGCCGCAGCUGCGUUCUGUCCGCUCCAAAAAGAACCCCCACCAUCCCCCACCUCCACCCCUCCCUUUAGCCCCUUCAGUCACCAUCAUGACCACCUCCCAAACUGGAACAUAAAGCAAGCAUCCAACCCAAUUGAACUAGAAAUGGCUUAUAUCAUAACUUUGGACCUAUAAGCCAAUGUUGCCUAAGUAUUACAAAAAUGAAGAAAAUGUUCCUAAGUUUUGGGGAAGUUCCUGAGAUAAUGCAGGCUUCUCUUUGUUGUAUAUUCUUUCUGUUUGUUCUGGUUGCUAAAAUGAGUUUUCUCUUCUGUCUAAACAGUAGCAAAUCCCCCCUAACUUUAGAGAAGAGAAUAUCGUUUUUAGACCACUGUCUCGAUUGAGGAUUAGCUUUUUCUUUUAUAUAUCCGGAUCCACUGUCGUUAUUAUCCUGUACCUCCCAGUCACUGUCGGGAGGGGGCUCUUUUUUAACAAUUGGUCAACCAACCACUCAUUCAUUUAUAGUCGUAUUAAAAGUUCCCCUUAUUGAUUCUAGAUGGGAUUUCACACUCCCACAGAUUCUGAUGUAGUAAGGUUAAAAAAAGACUUUCUAACAUUGUUUUUGUUUUGUAUCGCAAACAAAACAUAACGUCUUUCCUCACAGGGAGAUGGGGUACGGGGGUGGGGGAUGGGUUAGCUUUCCUGAAGACACAUUAAGUAAUUUAAGAAAAUAGAAAAAAAAAAAUAACACUGUUGCCAAAGAGAAGAUCUCUUUGCUUGGAAAAAAAAUGUGUUUAGAAAAAAAAAAGAUAAAAAUAAAUAGAAAGAAGAAUCUAUUUUUAUAAAUGAUAAUUAAAAUAAUAAUUAUUGAGAAAUUUUUACAAGAAUCUGGAUUUGAAAAAAGAGAAAAAUAUUUUGACUGGCUAACUGGGAGGGGAGGGGGGGCGCCACCUUGUCUUGUCGUUCUGCCAUGGUACUUUCUAGGCUCAGCGCUCGUUGUUUUCCGAGGAAGCCACGUCGGCGGCGGCCAUUUUCUAGGCGGAAGGUUUUGUGAAAAAGUCAAACCAAGGCGGGUGAUUUUGCUAAUUUUUCACACAUGUACUAGUGCGUGAUUAUUGAAUACCCACAAGGGAAGGGAGAGGGGAACCAUCCUUAUCGUCCAGAGCCCAAAGCAAGGAGACCCUUUGUCUGCUUCUUUUCCUGUUAUUGUCAACAGUCCGUACGGGCUAUCAGUACCUAAAUAUAUGCACAUCUAUCCAUUUAGAAGGCAUACUAUACAUGAUAUUGUUUCUCUUUGCUCUGCGUUUGUGUGCAAACUUCCUUUUAGCGAUCAACAGUAGGUGCUAUACUGCAUUAUUCACAUAUCUUAAAUAUCCGAGUUGGUUGUUCUAUGUGUUGUUUCAAAAAAAAUACUAUGUUGAUGUUGGCAUUGAAUUGAGCUUAUUUGAUUAUUGUUGGCCCAAAUAGUCCGGUGAGACUAUUUUGUUGCAGAAAAACAGAUCAACACAUUUGGGUAGUGUAAAAAAAAAUAUUUAAAAAAAUCUAUAUAAAUAUAUAUUUAAAAAAAAAAUUUAAAUCACUGAACAAAUAUAAUUUAUUUCUUUUGCCUUGUUUCUUUGGCUUGCUGGCUUUUGCGUUACUUGCCGAGCGUGAAGCGUUUGUCCAAACUUACCGAUGAUUAGCUAGUUCCUUUAGUCUAGAUAUUUGUUUCCUGAAAAGGCGAUCUAUGACUACUGUGUCUUUCUUUGCUCUGUACAAAUAGAUGAUCUAUCUAUAUAUAUAUCUAUAUAUACAUAGUCUACAUUUGUUUUACAAUAUCUACUGUACUAUCUGAGUUGUCACUGUUCUUUAGUUGGAGCUUGUCUUUUUCAUAUGGCAACUUAUUAUGAAGUGGUGGUUCAGUUACUUAGAAAAACUUGUGAGGAAACUGUUCAAUUGUUGUCAUGUUGCUUGUGGAGAAAAAAAAAGGUUUGGAUUAACUUUAUGUUACCUACCGCGGCAAAAGAAACCGAACAAAAAGCUUUGAAUAUAAGUGUAUUUGGAUUUACUUAUCUAUUUUAUUUCAACUAUUUAUUUUUCUAUUUAUUUGUAUUUAUUACGUAUUUAUGAACCACUUAAUUUAUCUGUGUAUUUAUGUAUUUAUUUGGUUUCAUUGUCUGUGUUUUUGCGUGAUUCUGGUACAGGGAGGGGGGCGUUUCUGAGCUAAAGGGAACAAAGCGACUAGUGGAGAAGCUCUUCCAGUAGUCCACUGCACUGAGAGAACUUUUAGUACGUUUGUGCUUUGUACCAAUAUAUCAAAAUGACCAUAUAAAAAAAAAUCUAAAAGUCAGGAAAACUAGAAAAAAAAAAAGUGUCUGGAGGGUCAGGGAACGCUCUUCCCUUAUUACUAGAAACAGUUACUCGCUAUGCAUAACCUAGUUAUUAAUAGUUCAAUUUGCUAUUGCUUUUUUCUUGUCUUGUUCCAAAUGAAAUCUUUAGAUCUUUUCCAAUGAAGUUUAGUCUUAAUAGAAUGUUAUAAACAGUCGUUCUGGUUCAAUAUAACCUGUGAUAAGUUUGUGUAGUUCUCUAAAGCCACUCCGUCCACACCCUCCCUCCACUUACUACCGCUUUGUGAUGAAACCUUUAUGCAAAACUGUACGUCUGAAAGCAUACGUCUGCGUAUUUACUGUAACAUUCAACUCACGGAGGCUCGGGCGUGUCGACGUUAUAACGCCCGCUCUGUUUUGAGGGUCGACUAAAUUGGUUUUCGAGACUUCUUUUCAAGUUUUCAAAUUGCGUCAUGUUUAAAAAUAGAAAACUAAUAUACUGAGGAAGUACUUCGGAGGGAUGAAAAGGGAUUGUACCGAUUCUAUAUUUUAUAUACUCUCAUAUGAUAUAUAUUAUAUAUUUUGAAAGGUAAAAGGUAGGGUUUCAGACGUAUAAAUAUAUAGAAUUGGAUUCUUUUGUUACAAAGCAUGAAGGACGUGUGCGUGUCAGUAAAACGCACGCAUCUCAUGCGACAUCAUUAUUACCAAAUGCGCCGUCAUACACACAAACAGACCCCCUCAUGCCUCUCGUCGCCGUAACGGCAUUGUCGGGGGCUUGAAUUUAUGCAACGACCCCAGUAGAAUGUUGUUCUGAUGUGUCACUUGCCUACACUGUAUGACCUCCUGAUAUGCGUGCCUGUGUUCCGCCUAUGUGUGUGUAUGAGUGUCUCCGUUUGGGUGUUUGUUUACACCGAUCACCCACAACAUUAUGACCGUUUGCACAGUCUAAUGAGAUCCGAUACGAGAGCUGUAUCACAUAUUUGCCCUUUAAUAUCACAAUUUUAAUUACAUAAAGUUUUUGGUGUUGCAUUUGGACACCACUAUUCUGGAAGGUGCUGUCCCUUAAAUCGCAAACCUGCUUUUUCCUGGUCUGCUAAAUCACUGUUUAACUCUUUAUCAGGCAAGUGACUACUUUUGGUGGUAACCACAUACAUGGACAUCACACGUAUAUACCAAAAUGUUGAUAUUGUGGCCUACUUAGUAUGACGCAAAAUGUGAUGUCCAAAUAUGUCGACCCCAGGUCUCAAUAUUGUUUUUAUUAUGAUGAUGAUUAAUUAUUGUAUUUUUAACAUUACUUCAUGAAUAAAUGUAAAAAAAUAAAUUCAAAUAGUUCAAAAAUAUUAAUAAAACACAAUUGAUUAAAUUAAUGUGAAAAAAAUACACACUGCUUAAGGUCCUAAGUAGCACUUUAAAGUUGACCAAAUUAUAUAGUAUUUAACUAUUUGCCUGCCAUUGACAAUUUUUCUUUUGCUGCCACCAUGUAGCAUCCAAAGUCAACUAUGAAACUUUUUACUGAUUUUUUGCUAUUCAGUGCAGGUCGGAUCGAAAGACAUUCUGCUAACAGUACACGAUAGUCAGAGGUGGGUAGAGUAGCCAAAAAUGUUACUCAAGUAAGAGUAGCGUUACUUCGAAAUAAUGUUACUAAAGUAGAAGUAAAAGUAGUCAUCCAAAAAAAUGUACUCAUGUACAAGUAAAAAAAAAAUGUAUCUAGUGAAAAGGAUACUCAAGAAAUGAGUAACUGCUUAUUAUUGUUAGAUUUUUUUUUAAACAAUGGUAUUUUUUUUCUCUCAGCACAAACUUAUCUAUAUGAACUGUUGUUAUAAUGAUACUGUACAAUAACACAUUUCAUAGCCAUAUUAAGCCAAAGAAAUACAAAAAACAAAAAAAAACAAAAAAGUCAUUGAAUUCCAGCGAAAGAGAACAAAAAAUGAAGCAUUAUUCGUUUAAAGAGCAUGAGUGCCCUCUAGUGGAGAAAAUAGUAACUAGUUUGAAUAGUGAAUAGUUCCUUCAUAGUUACUAGUAUGAAAUUUAAAAGAAUCAUAUCUCCGGUUUUCUGUGGCAAAAUAAAAACUGGGGGAGAGGUUUAAAUCUGUGCAUUCGAGUCAUGUUAAGGGCAGUGCUCUACUGUAUGUCAAAUACUACAUUUUUACAGUGCUUUAAAGACACCACGUGAUUGAACAGGCUGGUGUGAUCAGAACGGCAAGCUUCCGUCAGAUUGGUGUAAUGGAGUCAUGUGAUUAUUGUUGCGACGUCUCAUUGGUGAAAUUGGUAGAGCUACUCUUGGCAUCACUGGUGAAAAAAUAAUGAUUCUAAUAUGUAGAAUAAAGAGGAAAAAUGUAACGACUCUUCCGUAGCCCAAAGUAGCUGGGUAAGAGUAGUGUUUUUUUCUUCACAAAUCGACUCAAAGAAAUAAGUCAUAAGUAUGGCUUAGUAAAAUUACCUUUGAAGUACAUUUUCCUCAAAAUGUUUCUCAAGUAAAUGUGACGGAGUACAUGUAACGCGUUACUACCCACCUCUGACGGUAAUCCAAAUACUUGGUAAAUUACUGCAUAAACCCUCACCUCAGACAGUUUCACUUCAAGGUUGGUAUUCUAGAAUAGUGUCAAUCAUGACCACUGAGAAAAAAGAAAUUACCACAAAGUUGCAAACUAUAUUGUUGCUGCUUAACCCAAUACCGAACAAAUGGAGUAGGUGGGGCCAAUGUUCCAUAAGUGAUCAAAAUGAUUGUCUAAGUGUUUUUGUAAACAAAGGACAGUUGGUAAAGACUUUUUAAAGGCAAACAUGGCACAUGGUUUUUUUGGGGAGGCAUUUUCUAAGUGACAGUUCUGAGAUUCAGACUAAAAACCCAAUUUUCCUGAGUAUGCAUUGUGUGUUAGCAUUUUGUCUCACUUAACGAAUUCCAAAAACCUGUACGUAUCUCCAUUGAAUAUGCAUAAUUAUUCCUCUGUGUUAUGUUUUUUUGUUUGUUUGUUUUUUUGUUUAAAUCUUUCCAGCCGUUGACUGGAAACCAAAAUGAAUGAAUCAAAUACCUCUCUGAAUAUUAUUAAGUAAAAUAUGUAAUAGAGCUCUUAAAUCUGAUAACAUUCGAUUGUUCUGACGCUCAUAAUCAUGUGGCAAGUAUAGGUGUGUCCUCCUGUGUGUGUGGUGCAAGUCAUGGGGCUGUGUCACCUGGCUCCAUGUCCCACCCCAGUGGCUCCCACCAUCCCUGUAGCGCCUUAUAGUCGUUGAGUGGCAGGCUGCCGGUAGGAACAAGGCAGCCAGUAGUGGAGGAGGGAAGGUGAACAGAGGAACUCGGCUCUUCUUCUUGUCAGUUUUCUUUUCUUUUUUUCCCCUCCCGAGACGUGUUUGUUUACUAUCUGAAAAAAAAAUCUAUAAAACAAAAUCCUAAAAGACAAAAAAACGAAAAAAAAAAAAAAAAAAAGUUGGCAGAGCCCGGUGGAUUGUGGCUCUUUCUCUCUAUCUCUCUCUCUCUCUCUCUCUCUCUUUCUCUCUAUUCUCUACUGCUUAUGUUAUUACUUAACAAUUAUUAACAAUGAUGAUGAUUAUUAUUAUGAUUAUGGUUAUUAUUGCUAUUAUUCUUAGUAUUCUUAUUCUUAUUAUUAAUCCAAUUACUGCGAUGAAUGACUUCAUGUUAUCCUUGCUAGUUUAGGUCAUUUCUGAAACUGGAAACAAAAUAGAAAAUCUUGCUGUAAAUGUUUGUUUUUUCUUUUUCAUAAAACUGUUGUGUUUGAAUUAUUUGUACUUUUGAAUGUUGGGACAAUAAAAUGAGGUGUCAAGAGCU